CUUCUUCUCCCUCCUCAGUGAAGCAGAGGUUUCGGCGGAAGCUGGGUUUUCCCGUCGUCCAAUCAGGUCUCAGCUACUGCUUUCUGUUUCCGGUGACUGUUGGCAGAAGAAACAAGUCCAUCUAGAAACAUUCCUAGAAGCGCUUGAAGAAUCCGUUGAAUAAUGAAGAGGCAGGACACUGAGGAUCAGGUAGAGGACAACAGCGGAGAGUCCAGUGCAGAGGGCACGUCAGAGACUCCGGCUACUCCAGAAGGCACUGAGAGCCCAAAGGAACAGAACACGCUGACCGAUAGCUCUCCAGCUGUUAAUUCUGAAUCGGACGAAGCCUCUGGAUCUAAGUCUACCUCCUGCGAUGUGGCCGAGGAGCUUAGCAGACAGCUGGAGGACAUCCUCAACACGUACUGUCAGGCGGAUGGCAGCGAAGACCCGGCUGUACCUAACGGCCAACCUGACGGCGCCGAGGUCAACGGGCUGGCUGACAGCAAGUCCGAGCGUGCCAGUCUGAGCAGCGGCAGCACGGACAAGGACAAAAAGAAGCAGCAGGAGAAAAAGAAGGUUAAAGGCCUGGGUAAGGAAAUAACGCUGCUGAUGCAGACGCUGAACACGCUGAGCACCCCUGAAGAAAAACUCGCUGGUCUGUGCAAGAAAUACGCCGAGCUGCUUGAAGAGCACCGCAACUCUCAGAAGCAGAUGCGAGCUCUGCAGAAGAAGCAGGCCCAGCUGAUCCAGGAGAAGGACCACCUGAGGAAUGAGCACAGCAAGGCCAUCCUGGCCCGGAGCAAGUUAGAGAGCCUGUGUCGUGAACUGCAGAGACACAACCGCACACUCAAGGAAGACGGCGUGCAGCGCCGGCAGGAGGAGGAGAAGAGGAAGGAGGUGACCUCGCACUUUCAAUUAACGCUGAACGAGAUCCAGGCGCAGAUGGAGCAGCACAACGAGCGCAAUGCCAACCUGCGGAAGGAGAACAUGGAGCUGGCGGAGAAGCUCAAGAAGCUCAUAGAGCAGUACGAGCUACGGGAGGAACACAUCGAUAAAGUUUUCAAGCACAAAGAUCUGCAGCAGCAGCUGGUCGACGCGAAGCUCCACCAGGCCCAGGCACUGCUCAAAGACUCGGAGGAUCGCCACCAGAAGGAGAAAGAGUUUCUGCUGAAGGAAGCCGUAGAGUCGCAGAGGAUGUAUGAACUUAUGAAACAACAAGAAGGUCAUCUGAAACAGCAGUUGUCGCUGUACACGGAGAAGUUUGAAGAAUUUCAGAAUACUCUGUCGAAAAGCAACGAGGUGUUCACGACCUUCAAGCAAGAGAUGGAGAAGAUGACUAAGAAGAUUAAGAAGUUGGAGAAGGAGACAACCAUGUACAGAUCACGAUGGGAGAGCAGUAAUAAAGCCCUGCUCGAGAUGGCUGAGGAGAAAACCCUUCGUGACAAGGAACUGGAGAGUUUGCAGGUGAAAGUGCAGAGGUUGGAGAAGCUGUGCCGUGCGCUGCAGAUCGAACGCAACGAGCUGAGCAAGAAGGUCCAGGACCUCAGUAGCCCAGGGGACGAUCGAGGCUCAGAGACCGAGUCCAAACCGCCACAGUCAGCCACGGACUCGGCAGAGUGUUGUAGCCCCGCCCACACAAACGAGCCACAGCCAGAGACUUCGCCCCCCACCCAAUCUCAGGCGUGUCACUGCGGUCCCGCCUCAGGGGCCAAGACACAAAAGGAUUCAGCGUGUUCAUCCCAGGACUGAGGUAACGCUCCGGUCCGCUGGGUUACGAACCACUCACAAUCUCCCCAGCAGCUCUCCAACAGUCCCCGAGCUGACUCGGCAUUUUUUGGGGGGGGGCUUUCCAUUCUGUCAGGGAAGAUUGUGCCUUUGAGAUGCUGUGUUUUAAAUGUAUUUUUUUUAAACACCCCUCUGUUUUCUUUAUUUCUUUAUUUUUUGUUUCAUCACCUACGCUAAGAAGCACUGAGCUGCACUGCUGCUUUGGACCGCUAACCCUGGAGCACUCGCAUCCUCAUCAUUUACGUUUUAGCAUCACGUCCUGAGCACUAAAAAAUAAAGUAGGUAUAAACCAGGUUUAAAGCAUAUCAUAUUAUCAUUUACUAAAUGAACACCUUUUUAAAUUAUAGACCCUUUCUUUUUGAGGGUCUAUACACCGGUUAGUAUGUAGACCUCGAAUCAUGUCAUCAAUAUUUCCGCAAUCAUCGAAGUCACCUGCUCUUUGAAAUGUACACUCGGUGAAUGUCCUUCAAGUUGCCAGGUUUUUCCGCUUCCCCCCAGAAAUAUAUAAUAAUGAUAUACGCUUUAGAUUUUGGUCUUUCAAAAGAGAAUGAACUGUUUUACUUUUUAUUUUCCUCACCAUCCAUUCCAGAGGGGACGAGGGACGAGCGAGGACCGAGGCGUCUCCUGCAUCCCCCCCAUUAAAAAAAAAAACAAACAAACAAAAACUAAAUUCUCAUUUCGUUUUUUUCCUCAUUGCGGACCAGUACUUCGCUGCUCUUGCGCUGUAUGUCUCUCUCUCAAAACGAUUGUACACGGCAACAUUUUCAGUUCGCGGCGCGACCAGGACAAAACGAGAGAUUCAGAAAAAGGGUUCAACUCUAUGCAAUUCUAAUGCCGUUCAUCUUCGAUCACGUGGAAACACACUAGCAAAGGAAUGUAGGUUUAUAUAUAAUCUCAAGGCUUCGAGUCAUGACUUGGUAGAAUAACAGUGUGCGUUUGACAUGAUUGUAUGUUUCGAUCUUUUUUUUUUUUUUUUUUUUUUUUUAAAUACCAGGGCAUCAUGAAUUUUAUUGUCUCAUUAACCUGAACACUAAAUCUCCAUGAGGUCCUGCAGUUUAUACAUAAGGUCUUUGACAUUCCUACAUUUACUACACACAAAUAAAACCGCAUGCCACCUUCAAUCGGCUACGGCUUGCUCAUUAACGCUGGACACACCCACUGUUACUGAAGGUACCAAAGAUUUUUUUUGCUGGGUUUCCCUGGGGUUGUUUUUUUUUGUUUGUUUUUUUUAAGUUUGUUAAUUUUCACACUCUGUAAACAUGAAUUUAAGAAGAAUAAAGAUAUUACACAUUAAUCCA